AUGUUUCCCCUUAUUCAGUUACACCUGGCUGUGUCCCACACCUCGGUGAACAUCGAGAUAUCCAAGGCUGCCGGCUUUGUCGGCCAGUCGAGUGCCCGUGAGAUGGCCGGUCGCGGCGUGCUGCUAGCGGGCGGCCCCGGCACAGGCAAGACGGCAUUGGCGCUCGCCAUCAGCCAGGAGCUGGGCACCAAGAUCCCGUUCUGCCCCAUCACCGGCAGCGAAGUCUACUCGACCGAAGUCAAGAAGACCGAGAUGCUCAUGGAGAACUUCCGCCGCGCCAUCGGGCUCAAGGUCCGCGAGACCAAGGAUGUCUACGAGGGCGAGGUCACCGAGCUGACCCCGGAGGAGGCCGAGAACCCGCUCGGCGGCUACGGCAAGACGAUUAGCACGUUGCUCGUUGGGCUCAAGAGCGCACGCGGCCAGAAGAAGCUGCGCCUCGACCCCAGCAUAUACGAGGCUAUUCAGAAGGAGCGCGUCCAGGUCGGCGAUGUCAUUUACAUUGAGACAAACACGGGCGCCUGCAAACGCGUCGGCAGGUCGGAUGCCUACGCUACCGAGUUUGAUCUCGAGGCCGAAGAGUACGUGCCAAUUCCUAAGGGCGAGGUUCAUAAGAAGAAAGAAAUUGUCCAGGAUGUGUCGUUGCACGAUCUCGACGUGGCCAACGCCCGUCCGCAGGGUGGCCAGGACAUCAUGUCCAUGAUGGGCCAGCUGAUGAAGCCCAAGAUGACCGAGAUCACCGAUAAGCUGCGGGGCGAGAUCAACAAGGUGGUCAGCAAAUACAUCAACCAGGGUGUGGCCGAGCUCGUGCCCGGCGUGCUCUUUAUUGACGAGCGGCGCACGGCGUGCCCCCCCGAUUUUCUGACCCGUCUCCUGAUCAUCCCCACCCACCCGUACGAGCCCGAGGAGAUUAAGCGAAUCGUGCGCAUCCGGGCGACCACCGAGGGGGUCCAGAUCACGGAUGCCGCCAUCGAUAAGAUUGCUGAGCACGGAGUGCGCAUCAGCCUUCGCUACUGCCUCCAGUUGUUGACCCCUGCGAGCAUCCUCGCCCGCGUCAAUGGCCGCGCCCAGAUCGACGUGCCGGAUGUCGCGGAGUGUGAGGACCUCUUCCUGGACGCCCGACGCAGCGCCAACGUGCUGGCUAGCGAAUCUGGCGCCGGCUUCAUCUCAUAA